GAAAAUCCAGAACGAACCUUUGAUUUGGUACUGAGAGUGAAAUGUCAUGCCUCUGAAAAUGAAGGAAGUACUACAGAGUGUGCCAAAGUUCUGUUUUCCCUUUGAUGUUGAAAGAGUUUCUCAAAAUCAAGUUGGUCAGCACUUUACCUUUGUACUGACAGACAUUGAAAGCAAGCAGAGAUUUGGAUUUUGUAGACUCACAUCAGGAGGCAAAAUUUGCUUAUGCAUUCUUAGUUACCUGCCAUGGUUUGAAGUAUAUUACAAGCUUCUAAAUACUCUGGCAGAUUACUUGGCUAAGGAACUGGAGAAUGAUUUGAAUGAAACUCUCAAGUCACUUUAUAACCACCCAGUACCAAAGGCAAACACACCUGUCAAUUUGACUGUGAACCAAGAGAUAUUUAUUGCCAGUGAGCAAGCUCUGAAAGAUCAGCCUUCCCUAGUACCGCAUUCCUACUUCAUUGCCCCUGAUGUAACUGGACUCCCAACAAUCCCUGAGAGUAGAAAUCUUACCGAAUAUUUUGUCGCCGUGGAUGUGAACAAUAUGUUGCAACUGUAUGCCAGUAUGCUGCAUGAGAGGCGUGUCAUUAUUACCUCCAGCAAAUUAAGCACUUUAACUGCCUGUCUCCAUGGAUCAGUUGCUCUGUUAUACCCCAUGUACUGGCAACAUAUAUACAUCCCAGUGCUUCCUCCACACCUGCUGGAUUACUGCUGUGCCCCAAUGCCAUACCUGAUUGGAAUACACUCCAGCCUUAUAGAGAGAGUGAAAAACAAAUCUUUGGAUGAUGUGGUCAUGUUAAAUGUUGAUACAAACACUUUAGAGUCACCAUUUAAUGACUUGAGCAACCUGCCGAGUGAUGUGGUCUCGGCCCUGAAAAAUAAACUGAAGAAGCAGUCUACAGCUACUGGUGAUGGUGUAGCCAGGGCCUUUCUUAGGGCACAGGCUGCUUUGUUUGGAUCCUACAGAGAUGCUCUGAGAUACAAACCUGGUGAGCCUAUCACUUUCUGUGAGGAAAGUUUUGUAAAACACCGCUCAAGUCUGAUGAAACAGUUCUUGGAAACUGCAGUUAACCUCCAACUUUUUAAGCAGUUUAUCGAUGGUCGAUUGGCAAAACUAAAUGCAGGAAGGGGCUUCUCUGAUGUAUUUGAAGAAGAAAUAACUUCAGGUGGCUUUUGUGGAGGGAACCCAAGGUCAUAUCAACAAUGGGUACAUACAGUUAAGAAAGGAGGUGCCCUAUUCAACACAGCAAUGACCAAAGCUACUCCUGCUGUAAGAACAGCAUAUAAAUAUGCAAAAAGUCAUGCAAAGCAGGGGAUAAAGGAAGUGAAGAGUAAGCUAAAACACAAGGAAAAUGAGGAAGAUUAUGGGACCUGUUCUGGUUCUGUACAAUAUACUCCAGUUUAUACAUUACACAGCGAAAAGGGAAGAAACCUAGAAAAACGCAAGCUUUCUCAGGCUCGCUUAAAAAAACCUCUUAGGAGCCUGGAUGGUGUUGUGUAUGACGACGAUGAUGACAAUGACAUUGAAAGAGCAAGCAAGUUAUCUUCUGAAGAUGGCGAAGAAACUUCUGCUUAUUUUUAUGAAAGUGAUGACUCUAUUGAAACAAGAGUAAAGACGCCUUACUCAGGUGAAAUGGACUUAUUAGGAGAGAUCCUUGAUACAUUGAGCACACACAGCUCAGAUCAAGGAAAGCUGGCAGCAGCAAAGAGCUUGGAUUUCUUUAGAUCGAUGGAUGAUAUUGAUUACAAGGCUGAGAAUAAAUCCAAUGCUCCUAGUGAGAAUAAUCUAGCCCUACUUUGCACUGGUUCUGGUGAUCAAACAGAGUGGCAUCUCGGGCAAGAUGAUAGUGCUUUGCACGGCAGACAUCUCCCUCCAUCUCCCAGGAAGCGGGUUUCCUCUGGUGGUUUGGCAGAUUCCCUGUUUAUGCUGAAAGAGGAAACCAGUGAAAAAUGCCUCAGUGCUCACAAUGUGAGCAGCCCUACGAUGGUAGGACAGCCAGCUUCCACUUCAGGAGUGGAUUUCCUGGAGCUGGCUUUACCUGAAGUUUCCCAAGUUGAUAAAGGAAAGACAGAACAAAAGGAAACACUAAGCCAGAUUUCAGAUGACCUGCGUACACCCAGUCUUGGACAACGUUCAUCUACUUUUGUUCCCUGGGAGAAAGAAGGACAAGGAGCCACAGAGACUUCAGAAGAUGUUGGACUGCUUCAUGAAGUAGUGUCAUUAUGUCAUUUUACACCUUCCUUCCAACAGGACUUAAACGUUUCUGAAGAAAACAGUGGUGGAAAGCAAGCUUAAGUCAACAAUUAGGAGUUGCUUGCACAGCUGCCACGAAGACCUCGUAUUCCACAUAAUCCAUAUAGGAAGCAGAUUUCUUUGUAGGAAUGCAACUCCUGCUACUGUUUCAACAGUUACUCUUCACUUGGAACGUACAUUUCUCCCACUCAUUCAUCUUGUGGACAUACUAUACACUGAUUUUUAAAUGUAAAGCUCACUCUUCUACUAUGCUCUGAAAUCAGGUACUAGUUAGUAUGUAUGAUGAAAAUAACUAUUGAACAUAUGAUUUCCCAGUAUUUGGUGCUUGAUGCCAUUCAUUUUACUUAAACUAUGCAUAUGAAAACCUUUACAGUACAAGUAGCUACUAUAUUAACCUGGUUAAGCAUGAAAUGAAGCAGAUAUCAAAGCUCGUCAGAACUAGCCUAAAACUGCGGAAACUGUUGACCCACUAAUUGCCUUAAUCUUAAGCCUAUAAUAAGCAUAAUUAAUUUAUGGAAUUACAUGUAAAUUUGAAAGAUAACUUAUAAGGGUUCUGUAAAGCAAUAAUGCUUUUUUUAUUCAUUGAAGUAAGGACAGAAUUCUUUUUUUUUUUUCAAAGUUAAAAAGCUCUUUUGUGGACACUGCAGCCAUGUUUUCCAAGAAGUAUAAAGGUACAAAUUUACUGUUCACUCAGUGAAAUAUAUGAAGUGCUGAAUUACAAUGUGAAGUGAAUGACUUUCGUUUACAAGUGACACUUUAAGCAUUUUACAGUCUCUACACGUAUGCCUUUGCCAUAAAGGAAUCCACCCCAGUAAACCAAAUGCAACUGAAACUAUCUUGUUAAAAAAAAGUUCCUCUCUUUUUUUCCUAAUUCUCUAUCAAAACAUAUCAUUUUAAAUUUACUUUAAAUUUAACUAGUUAACUUGCUGUUUUAUCACUUGCAGAUUCAUUGAAAAAUUAUGGAGAAUGUAUAGUUUCCAUAGAUUCCUGCAACACAAAUUUCUCCUAUUAUUAUCUUAUAUUUAGUAUGGUAGAUUCAGCAUGAUUAAUGAACCAAUAUUGAUCGGCCAUACUUUAUUCAGAUUCUCUUAACUUUUCCCUGCUGUGCUGUUUCUGCCCCACAAUACCGCUCAGGACACCAUUACAUUUGUCUUGUUUCUUUAGGUCCCUCUGGAUUAUGAACUUUUUCAUACUUGUUUUUGAUGACCUUGAUAUUGUGAAACAUGCUAUUUGGUUGUAUUAUAGACUACCCAUCUAUUGAAGUUUGGUAUUUUUCUCAUAAUUACCCUGGGAUUAUGAGCUUGGGAAAGGGAGGUUAUAGAAGAAAAGUGUCCUUUUCAUCACAUCAUGUCAAAGGUGCAUACAAUCAAUGCCAUGUGUGCGAUGUGUGUAUUGAUAUUGACUUUGAUAACCUAAUUGAGGUGGUGGUGAUCAAGUUGCCCACUAUACAGUUACUCUUUUCUCUUCCUUUUCAUAUUGUAGUCUCUGGAUGGAACUCACUAUGUACAGCCCAUAUCAAGGAAUAGGGGCUUGUAUUUCUUUUUUUGUAGCAGAGUAUCUGUAAAUUAUUUAGAAUUUUUCUGCAUGGGAGAUUUGUCUCUUUCUCCCACACAUUCAUCGUUAAGCUCUGAAAUUCAGCUGGAAAGGAAUCAAUCUUUGAUUGCUUCAUGGUAGGCUAGACUGACAGGUGUGCGAAGAAAAAAAGACAUUAUGUUUAAUUUUCUAUUAGCAUGUUCUAUAUGUGUACUUUAUAUAUCCCAAUAAUGAUUAUUUUCAACAAU